ACCGCAACAAUUGAGAAGUACCGAUCAACCGAGGGCGCGCAAAUAUGCUGUAUGAGAUGAUUGGAGUGGUACGGCCUGGCCGCCUCUCUGAAGUAAAAGAAAUCGCCAAAACCGCCGGUAAAAUCGUCCUAGAUCAGCAGGGCGUCGUGCGCGGCGUCUCCAACUGGGGCACUUUCCUACUCCCCAAGCCGGCGAAAAAACUGCAAUCUACACACCACUAUGGCCAUCACUUCAUCAUGCGCUUCGAUGCGAGUGCGCGUGCACAACACGCUCUGCGGAGAACAAUGAGUUUGGACCCGCGGUUGAUCAGAUACAGCAUCGUCAAGAUGGGCACCAAGUUUGAGGAGAUCAAGGAUAUACCGGGGACUGCCAAGUUUAGGUGAUUGUUACACAGUUGGGCGAGGGAAAAAGGAGGAGAAGGAGGCUAUGUGUAUUUUACGGUGUAUAAAGGACAUAAGCAUGCAAGAACAGAACAGAAGGAGCUAGCAUUGCACAUGGCGUUUGGGAUUUGCGAUAUAUAUCAUACGCUACACGAAAUCGUCGUUUGGGCAAUGAAACAAUCCCUGGAGCGUAUAACGACGCUCAUGAUGAA